UUUGGGCGGAAGCGGGUGCAGAAACGUGGAGGCUCCUUCAAGGACCAGCCCCGGCUGUACCAGGAAAUCCGUGAGAGAGGGCUGAACUCCGUCAGCCACGAAUCCGACGAGGAUUUGCUGGAGGAGCCCGGCCCGGAGGAGCCGUCCCCUCCCGGUGCUGCCAUCGUGGUGCAGAGCUAUCGCCCGGCGCAGGUGACCUGGAGCCAGCUCCCCGAGGUGCUGGAAGCGGGGAUCCUGCUCAGGAUCACCCCCGAGGAGCGCAAGCGGCAGGAGGCCAUGUUCGAGAUCAUCACCUCCGAGUACUCCUACAUGCACAGCCUGGGCGUCCUGGUGAGCCACUUCAUGAGGUCGGAGGAGCUGAGGGACACCAUGACCCAGACGGAGCACCACCACCUCUUCUCCAACAUCGGCGACGUCCUGGCCGUCAGCACGGGCUUCUUCGAGGACCUGGAGAAGCGGCACCAGGAAAACCUCCUGAUCCCCGACAUCAGCGACAUCGUGGAGGAGCACGCGUCCAACCGCUUCAACCCCUACGUCAGCUACUGCUCCAACGAGGUUUACCAGCAGAGGACCCUGCAGAGGCUGCUAAACACAAACCCCUUAUUUAAAGAGACCUUGAAACAGAUCGAGAGGAAACCCGAGUGCGGCGGCCUGCCGAUGAUCUCCUUCCUCAUCCUGCCGAUGCAGAGGGUGACCCGGCUUCCUCUGCUGCUGGAUACAGUCUGCCAAAAAACCCCCGCGGGGACAGCAGCGUAUGGGGCUGCCACCAGAGCCCUGAAAGCCAUCAGCAAGCUGGUGAAGAACUGCAACGAGGGCGCUCGCGCAAUGGAGCGGACGGAGCAGAUGUACACCCUGCAGAAACAGCUGGAGUUCGGGAAGAAGAAGCCGUUCCCGCUGAUCUCGGCGUCACGCUGGCUGCAGAAGCGGGGGGAGCUGCAGCUGCUGCUGUCGGAGGAGGCCGGAAUCUUCCGCCGCGGCGCCGGGAGGCUCUGCCACCUCUUCCUGUUCAACGACGUCCUCAUCAUCACCAAGAAGAAGAGUGAGGAGAGCUACACCGUGAUGAACUACGCCACACUGGACCAGCUCAGGGUGGAGAAGAUCGAGAGCACUGACCCGCCUUCCCCUCCUCCUGGCAAGACCGGCAGCGCAUCCCGUGGGACCACCGGGCAUCUGCUGCGGGUGGUGAUGGAGAGGGACAGCGAGGGGCGGCGGGAGGAGGUGGUGCUGUCGGCAGAGACGCUGAGCGACCGGGCUCGCUGGAUCGCGGCGCUGAUGCACCGAGACAAGGAAAAGCCCGACCCCACUCCCAAAGGAGACCUGAGCCAGGUGGAGAUAACCCGCGCCUACCUGGCGAAGGAGGCGGACGAGAUGUCCCUGCAGCAGGCGGACGUGGUCCUGGUGCUAGGCGAAGAGGACGGCUGGUGCUGGGGCGAGCGGCUCCGGGACGGCCAGAGGGGCUGGUUCCCCAGCUCCUGCGCCCGCCCCAUCACCAACCGCGCGGCCGUGGAGUGCAACGUGCGGCGCAUGGAGCGGCUGCGCAUCGAGACCGACGUGUAA